CUUUGAAUGAGGGGCCAUCAUCCCGGCGGCUCGGAGGUGGAAAAUACAGUUUAAAGUCUCUCUGGAUGUGUUUAAAAUGAACAAGCAGGCUUUUCUGACAGGUACCUGAGUCACCGUUUUGCGCCCUUGCAUCUCCUCGUGGGGUUUCUGUGGAUGUAAUCAUCGCACACUUUCCAUGUGAUGUUUCCUCAAGACCAAUGCCUUAGUUCUGACUAGACAUUAAAGGUAGUACAAAAUCAAUCUCCAGUAGGAAUUCAGACACCUCCUUCCCCUCUUCCGUUUCUCUUUACGUUAGAUUAAAAAGAGCAUCAAAACACAUUUCAAACACACACACCCACACAGCCACCAUGUCCUCCAUCCUUCCCUUCACUCCCCCGGUAGUGAAGCGCCUCCUGGGAUGGAAGAAGACUCCUACUGGGAGUGGAGGAGCAGGAGGAGGCAUCGGAGGAGUAGGGGAGCAGAACGGAGGAGGGCAGGAGGAGAAGUGGUGUGAGAAGGCCGUGAAGAGCUUGGUGAAGAAGCUGAAGAAGACGGGGCAGCUGGAUGAGCUGGAGAAAGCCAUCAGCACGCAGAACAGCAACACAAAGUGUGUCACCAUACCCAGUAACUGCUCAGAUCUAUGGGGUCUGGGCUCAGGCCACACGAUAGAGCAGUGGGACUCUUCAGGCAUGUACGGAUACCCUGACCACAGCAGGUCACUGGACGGGCGUCUCCAGGUGUCCCACCGUAAGGGCCUGCCCCACGUCAUCUACUGCCGCCUGUGGAGAUGGCCCGACCUGCACAGCCACCACGAGCUGAGGGCCAUCGACUCCUGCCAGUUUGCCUUCAACCUCAAAAAGGACGAAGUGUGUGUCAACCCCUACCACUACCAGAGAGUGGAGACGCCUGUCCUGCCCCCGGUGUUGGUGCCGCGCCACACGGAGAUCCUGACUGAGCUUCCUCCUCUAGACGAUUUCACAAACUCCAUCCCCGAAAACACCAACUUCCCUGCUGGCAUAGACCCUCCUAAUAACUAUAUACCAGAGACUCCUCCACCUGGCUACAUCAGUGAAGAUGGAGAAAACAGCGACCAACAGAUGAAUCAAAGUAUGGAAUCAGGUUCACCAGCAGAAAUGUCCCCUGGCGCCCUGUCACCUGUCAAUCAUGCCCUGGACCUUCAGCCGGUUACCUACAGCGAGCCAGCUUUCUGGUGUUCGAUAGCUUACUACGAGCUGAACCAGCGGGUGGGGGAGACGUUCCACGCCUCGCAGCCAUCUCUGACAGUCGACGGCUUCACCGACCCCUCCAACUCUGAACGCUUCUGUCUGGGGCUGCUCAGCAACGUCAACCGGAACGCAACUGUUGAAAUGACAAGGAGACAUAUAGGUCGUGGUGUAAGGUUGUAUUACAUCGGAGGGGAAGUGUUCGCAGAGUGCCUAAGCGACAGUGCCAUCUUCGUCCAGAGUCCCAACUGCAACCAGCGAUACGGCUGGCACCCGGCCACCGUCUGCAAGAUACCACCAGGCUGUAAUCUGAAGAUCUUUAACAACCAGGAGUUUGCUGCACUGCUGGCUCAGUCAGUCAAUCAGGGCUUCGAGGCGGUCUACCAACUAACCAGGAUGUGCACCAUCAGGAUGAGCUUCGUCAAGGGCUGGGGAGCAGAGUACAGACGCCAGACGGUCACCAGCACUCCCUGUUGGAUCGAGCUGCAUCUCAACGGCCCCCUCCAGUGGUUGGAUAAGGUGCUGACUCAGAUGGGCUCCCCAUCAGUGCGCUGCUCCAGUAUGUCCUAAACGGGGAGGGGGCCAAAACCGAUCUGACAUUUCACAACAGUUUAACUGAGAAUACCACCGGGCAGUCUUAAACUGACACACCGACAUUUAGAAAACAAAAGGAUUACACAACGGACCUGGAGGUUGGGAGGACGACAUCGCCAAUAGAGGAACAAUGAUGUCACAACGGGCCUGAUCACCUUCGGCUCUGAUGGAUUCAUGUAAGGAUUACAUUCCAGUAAUAAUGGACCUAAUAAUUGAAAUCACCCUGCAAUAUCUAAAAGACAAGAGUGAUGUCAUAUUGGACAGUUCAUAUUUUUGGGGAUUUGACUGAGGCUCUGAUCCAGAAAGAGCUUUACUGUCCCGCUACAGCUGUUUUGGGAUUUUCAGCAUGUGAUCUUCUAGCUUCAGGGGCAGUCUCUACCACCACUACUCCAGCUUACAGCUCCACUACCUAGCGGCGACAGCACAACUUGGAUUCAGCAUUAAGAUCUCUGUUUACACAACAGUAGUACUGCCACUCAAAGCUCACCUUCAACCAAAGUCCGCUCCAACAACCUAACGUUCUACUCUCUGCGAUCAGGCGCUAUUUCCAGGGUUUUAUUCUCGGUGACCAAACUUCUAUUCCAGUUUUUCACUUUAGAACUUCCUGCUUUUCUCGUUAUCGAUUCCCGUGUUGUCGUGAUCACGGACCUUCAGCUCUGAAAGUGGUGAGAGAUCACGUCUAUAUUAGUAUGACCUACUGUCUUCUCAUGUCGAUGCACACACAUUAUGCACUGUAACGCGUACAGACACCACUUUAUUUGCUAUCUUUUGACAUAAUGUUAACGUCCGUGUGUGACUGGUCCUAUUAAAGUGUGCAGUGGGGUAGAUGUCUGGAACAGAGUUGAAACGGCAGCAUAGAUGACUGGAAUGUGUAAAAUAAGUGGUUCUUAGGGCGUGUCCCUUCUCUUGAGCUUAAUUUCAAACGGUAAUAUCUACAGACUUUGCCCCCUUCUGGUAUUUGAGGCCCAAAAUGUUCUUUGUUUCCACCGUGCACGCUUUAACUUUAACAAUGAUUUCAUCUUCUUUAUGAAAGAGAGAUGUAUGUCGGACCUGGAAACUAGGACUCUGUAAAAAUGCAGCUCAAGCCUCAAUGUCGCCCCCUGCUGUCUUAUCAGAAAAACAAUCCCUUCACUUAGGUUUCACUCAUAACCCAAGUCUUUCUUGGACUGAUCCCAUUAUUUAGACAAUACGAAGACAAGCCCUGCAGUGUGGGAUUUUAAAAAUGGCCGCCCCUUUUACUGUACUUGCACUGCCCCAAAUUAUGCACACUUGAAAGUUGCCUUUUGUUGUAAAAAUACAGCAAGAUAUGCUUUGCACAGAUAGGAAUGUGGGGGAAAAAGCCCAAUUGACAAUUACUAAAGAUAUCUUCCAUAUUUUUAAGAAUGUUCCCUUUAUUUCCCCCGUAUAUUGUUAUUCUUGGCUUAUUAAAGAGAAUUCAUUUGCUUUUAAUAAAAUGUCUCGCCCCGAUUUUAAAAAGCCACCUCCAUGGGUAUUUUAGAGUCAAAAUAAGCUUUAAGUAUUUGACGAGCUAGUGAAACUGUACAGCUAUUAUUUUCUUGACACAUUCUUUAAGUACAUUUUUGUAUUUCAUGUAUUUUUUAUAUAUGAGUAUAUUUAAAAUCUUCAAAGCUUUCUUCCCUUUUAUUAGAAUUCAAUAUUUUUUUAGGAUAUUGCCCUCAGUUUGAAAUGAUCACAGCUUGAUGGCGCCGUAUGUAGCAUAGGAUGGAACACUUCCACUGUAUUUACCACAAUGUUGUGACCCAGUCAGCAUCAGCACAAUCAAUUAUUUUCCUUAAAACAAUAUUUGGCUGCUAAAUGGUGAAAGUAUUUGGUCAAUUUUGGAGUAAUCGGCUUGUUGAUUUCUUGCCUUUUACGUUAUGUCUGUCCCAAAUUACGAUAGUGCUGUCCCAAAGACUCAAAUUUAUGUAACGACUAUUCUUUCGUUACACUGUCGUAAACCUCAUUGCUAUUGAAAACAUAUAGCAUAUUUAAAUUAGGAUUUAUUCCAGCAGCUACUAUGCAGUAUUAUUAUUAUUUACCAGUAUAAAAGCUCCGACUUUGGAAGUUAAAUUUGUUGGAUUGAUCUACUUUAACAAAACAGGACAUUCCAGUACAGUGAAAAAGCUGCUGCAAAUUUAUACUGUUUACCAUUAUCAUACUCCUUAUGUACGGUGUUGAACUACGCUGAAGUUACGUCUGAUUUAUUCAAAGUUAGUUCUUCAACUGUACUGCGAUGCAUUAGCAGAUUUUUAGCACGAAAAAUGGGAUUGUCAGUGAAGUGUUCUUGCCCCAAGAUCUUGGUUCAUACUGUCACAGAUGACACACACACGGUGGUCUUAGUGGACUUUGUGCAAAGUAAACACAUUCACAAUUUUUUAAAAUUUCAUUUCUCACCUCUGCAACAUGUGGGAGAAAUUCAAAAAACAUACGCUGCCGUGUAGUUAAUCCUUUAAUGACUGAAAUAAGAAUCCUGCUUGUCUAUUUGUCAGCUUUGACAUCCACUCCUAGAACACAAGCACUUGGACCAAACGGAUGGAUUGAAACUUUUUAAAAAGGACCAUCUUUCAGCAAAUGCUUCUUUAGAAAAACCCUGUUACUCAUUCAUCAAGCUUAUUUUUUAUAGUCACUCGUAGCCCGACUGAAAGCAGCCAAAUUAAAUGAUGUAAUGUUCUGUCUGUCGUUUCCUGUCUUUUGCUGGUCUGUUUUUAAUUUCUUCAUUUAUUAGAGAGAACUGGAAUUUGCAGAGGUCUGUACACAUACAACAACAAUACAGUGCUACCUUUUAAGGUUGUCUUAUCAUUGCUAACCCACACGUUUGUUCUAUGCAGUGACCUCAAUGUUUGGAGUGUGUAUUCAAACACGUUCCUCCGUAAUUACUAUUUUCUGAUGGCUAGACACGCCAUUUUAUGCAUUUUGCCAGGGUCCAGUAAAAUCCUUUGUAUCAACUUUUAUUGUUUUUCUUCAAAUGAGUGCCACCCAACGUUUUACCCUACAACAAACAAGCUUUUCUCUCUUCCUGAGAGUUCUGUUUUGGAGAUGAAGUUUCAUGUAGACUACAUCAAGGGUUCACAUUCCUAUUUACAGGUAACAUAUUGUAUUUCUUUUUUCUUUAUUGUGAUGACAAUUGUGUAUCCCCAAUCAAGCCUCUUUCUUAUGAAUUUCAGAAAGACAAUGUGGCUUUUUGGAGAAAGUGAAGUUUCUACAUGUCACUGGUGAUGUUAUUGUAAAGUUGUACUUUUAUUUGACCAUACAUGCCAUUUCUUUUUCUUGCUAUCAACGGAGCAUAUUUCCAUUAGAACACAAGCCCUUAGGAUCUCUGUCUUCUUCAAACACUCAUGACUAUCUUCAUAGCUUUCCAACUAUUCUACAUAUACAGAAAACUUCUUACAGUGUACACUAAUAAAGCUGUUUUAAUUCAACUGAAAA